GUGCGUGUGCGUGUGUGUGUGUAUGUGCAGGCGACACAGUUCUAGUCCCCCUCUUUGUAUUUGAGAGAGUAGCGUUAGCGUGUGACGCUCCUGCGGCGCGGAGAGAAAACCGGUCGGAGGAGGUGAACGGGUUCGGUGCUCGGUUGGAGGAGCUGGUGUGACGUAGCGGUGCGCGCACACAUAGACACACCACACGCACACAAAUCACACGCUCAGACACACACACACCGGCUGCUGCUGCUGCUGCGCCUGCCAGGAUCUCAAUGUGGGGAAAUGACCGCGAGUGACCUCAAAGGAAACACUGGAUUUUUAGCGCUGCUGGAUUUUCUUAUUGUCUUUCACACACUUGAACAAUAAUGUGUGUUAGAUUGUAGCUCGACCUUUGCCGGUCAACACCCACGUUUCAUCCCGGGAGCGAUUUGCGGUGUCUCGUUUAGCUGUUCGCCCGGCUAACAUCAGCUAAGCUAAGCUAAGCUAGCCCAGCCUCCUCCUCCUCUCUCUCUCUCCCCCUGCUUGUCACUGCCAGCGGCGGGGCUUCGACGGUUCGUCUCCCGCUGAUGCUAAGCUAAGCUAGGCGAAAGGGCUAGGAGCUGCUGCCAUGGAUAAAGCGAAGUCAAUGAUGGACAAGAAAGGAGCGUCGGGACCCUUUCAUGUCAACAACGGGCAGAGCCAGCGGGGGUGCAACGGCCACGUCGCUGUGGCCGCGAACGGCGGCUGCUGCAGCGGCGGCGGGUUCGGCUCGAGCCCCGGACCCAGCGGAGGAGGAGGCGGCGGCGGCUGCAGCUCGUUUGACAGCAUGCACCACCUGCACCACGGCGAGGAUGCGGAGUGCAACGGCUCCCCGGCCAAGAGGUCCAGGCUGCGGCGGAGGACGGAGUCGGUGAGACGGAACAGACCCCCCUUCCCCUGGUUCGGUAUGGACAUCGGUGGCACCCUGGUGAAGUUGGUGUACUUUGAGCCAGUCGACAUCACCGCAGAGGAAGAACAGGAAGAAGUGGAAAACCUCAAGUCCAUCCGCCGCUACCUCACCUCAAACGUGGCUUAUGGUAAAACUGGGGUCCGUGACGUCCACCUGGAGUUGAGGAACCUGACCAUGUGCGGCAGGACGGGGAACCUGCACUUCAUUCGCUUCCCGACACAGGCCAUGCCCCGUUUUAUCCAGAUGGGACGCGACAAGAACUUCUCCAGCCUGCACACGACACUCUGCGCCACCGGAGGCGGGGCCUACAAGUUCGAGAACGACUUCCGAGCGAUGGCCGACCUGGAGCUGCUGAAGCUGGACGAGCUGGACUGCCUGAUUCGUGGACUGCUGUACGUCGACCGGGUGGGCUUCAACGGACACCCGGAGGGCUACUACUUCCAGAACCCGUCAGACACCCAGAGCUGCGUGAAGAAAACCUGCACCCUGGAUAACCCCUUCCCCAUGCUGCUGGUCAACAUCGGCUCCGGGGUCUCCAUCCUGGCCGUGUACUCGCCGAGCGACUACAAACGGGUGACUGGGACCAGUCUGGGAGGUGGAACAUUCCUGGGCCUUUGCUGUCUGCUGACGGGAUGCGAGACGUUCGAGGAGGCGUUGGAAAUGGCCAGCAAGGGCGACUCCACCAACGUGGACAAGCUGGUGAAAGACAUCUACGGAGGAGACUAUGAGCGCUUUGGCCUGCAGGGCUCUGCUGUCGCAUCCAGUUUUGGUCACAUGAUGAGCAAAGACAAGCGAGACAGCAUUUCUAAGGAAGACUUGGCCAGAGCCACGCUGGUCACCAUCACUAAUAAUAUAGGAUCCAUAGCACGGAUGUGUGCUGUCAAUGAGAAAAUCGAGCGAGUUGUGUUCGUGGGGAACUUCCUUCGCAUCAACACGGUUUCCACAAAGCUGCUGGCCUACGCCAUGGACUUCUGGUCCAAAGGACAACUACGAGCCCUCUUCCUGGAACAUGAGGGUUACUUCGGGGCCGUGGGUGCACUGUUGGAGCUGCUCAAGACAUCAGAGGACCCGUAAAGGAAGCCGCGUGACAUCAUCAUCCCUCGACAAGACGAUGUCUCCACCUCUGGAUGAUGUGACGUCGUCCACUUUUGACGCUGCUGAAAGGUCCCGUUCUCAGAGGCCACUAAAGGAAGACACUAAGCGGGGGACACAGAAACUGAAAAAAGCCAUUUUAAUAAUUUAACAUGUGUAAAUAGCGAUGACCUCUAACAUGUAUCUUCUUAAUUUCCCAAAUAGAGUCGCCCUAUCAUAGAGGUUUUAAUAUUGUGAUCUUUAAUUUAUGGUUUCCUGUAAUUUUCUGCUGCUCUGUCGAUUCCUGUCGGGAGACACAGAGUGUUUCAGUGAUCUUUGUUACUCUGUGUGUGUCUGUGUGCGUGUGUGAGAGUGUGAGAGUGUGAGAAAACCUACUGUAGCAUUAUGUCCUGGAGGCUGUUGUGUCCCUGUCGACUAUUUGUGCAACAAGAUACUAUGUCAGCACAGAAAUGAAGUUGCUCUUUAAUGAGUGACUGAGCAUGUUUAACCCCCAGAGACUCACAGAAACAUCAUGUCGCCUCCAGCCGUCAUCUGUCGGCGCGCUGACGGACAGAAAUAGCCAAACGUUUCGGACAUUUUGGCAUUAGCUGAGGCUCGGGAGGCAUUUUGUUGUUGCACAAAAAGUGGCCCAGGACACUUCAGUCUUUUUAGGGAAGUGCACUGAAGCCAAAUCCUAUUGAGAUUCGUUCAACGCCUGCCUCCUACAGAGCAGACGCAGAUAAACAGUCUUUAAUUCUCUCUGUUUUGUUCCACUACAAAUGGCCUUUUUGUUUUUUUUGUCUGUCUCUCCUCCAUCUACCUUCAGCACAUGCAGACAUCAUUAACACGUUCACGCCUCACCUGCUGAGUUCAGUGUUACCCAGCGGGACCAAGACAUUGUCUUCCAAUAGUUUGUGCUACAGCGGCGUCGCAGAUUUGUCUUCUCGCCAGUCGGUCUCAGCGACCCCUGUUUGUGUUUGGUGAAAUACUGUGGGAUUUAGUUUCUCUCUGUUCGGAAUCUUCUUUCUUUUCCUCUUCGCCUCCCGUCAGUGUCGAGCUCGAGGACACUUCAGCAGGUCGUCGGCCUGAUUCCUCGUCCUGUAGCUUCUCUAGUGCCCUGCUGCCUUGUUUGGGUGACGCAUUGUGAUGCAACGAGGCGCUCGGGCUGAGCCAAUGUGAUGCUAACGCACCAUGUGAAACCGGGCAUUUAUAAAAAGCUCUUGACGCAUAUGCAGAAGAAUGCCGUCACCUUCUGGGAGACAAUAGGGACCAGGAUGCUUUAAGGCCUGUGUCGUCCCUCCUGUAAAAUACACAGAUGCAAAUUUGCCAGCAACACAAUCCGCUCAGCCACAGUUUCUCUAAAUGUGCUGAUUUGCGGUUUGUCGUCAUCGUGCUGCUGUUAAGACGACAUCUAGAGAAACUGUGGGGAAAAAACUUUAAUCCUAUACUUGCAGGAGACUGUAAACUGAUCUGCAAAAAUUAUGUGAAGUUGCAAUUUAAAAUGACAUGCACUUACUAAAGUCAAGGUUAGCUAUGCAUCACACUGACGGCGGUAAAGACGCUGCUGCAUCACCCGUGAGCUUACGAGACGCUGACAGUGAAACAUGAGCUUUACCCCCCCCCCCACACCUCCUUCACCCUGAGCCUCCACAACAGCCUCUCAUCUCUGUUCACUGUAAAGAACUGGACCCUGCAGCCUGUUGUGUGUAUUUAUUACCUCCGUCUACUUGCCUUUUACUUUCCAAGAAACUCUUUCCCCGUUUGGAAUCGACCUCCGCUCGUUAAAACCAUCCAUUGUCAAGUACCUUCGGAUCAUCACUGCUUACACGCUUUGUUUUGUGGCUUCUUUCUGUGUCUCUGAGCCGAAGUGUUCUAGCCCAGCACUGGAAUAAUGAAGAGGAAAUCCUGACUAGCAGGCAGAGCGUUAUGCAGGUAUUCUGAAUCGACUGACUGCGGUUUUCUCUGAUUAAUGACGUGGGUGAGUGAGUGAGUUUUUAUCCAAUGCAACUCACUAUAUGUAACAUUUAAAAAAGUUAAGCUGGAGAAUUUCUUUUUACUUGCGAAUGAAUAAUGGAAUAAUCACAUUUGACAGAGUGCGCCCUCUGUCGUUAGAUAUACUGAGUAGUUUCUUCCACUGUGGAUACAUUAAGUCUCUUGGCUUAUUAAAUGCCAACGCUCACGCAGGUAAAUCUGCGGUUUGAUACUAUUUAAGUAUUUAAUCCUCCGUGUGUUCCAUCAUGAUGCUGCAGAUAUUCUGUUCAGGUGCUUUUUCGUCUAUUUCUCUUAUCCUCAGACUUUGCCUUUUUUUUCUCCAGCUCAUGUUUGGAUGAUGCGUCUGUGGCCUCGACCGGUCGGGCGCUGCUCGGCCGUCGGUUAUCUCGUGCCGCCUUCUCUUUUAAUCUGAAAUCCCCGAUCUGUUGCCUUCACCGUGUGUUUUAUCCCACGUUUGUGUCCUUCGGUUUCCUGUUGGGUUUCUCAACUUUACCUCAAUGUGUUUUUCUUUAUGUUCAGGUUUCACUCUUUGCUUUCUGUCUUUUUUUUUUUUGUGUUUUGCCAUAAUACUGUAACAGAGGAUUCAGUGCAGUUAACACACAUUAACAGUUUGAACCCCAGUGUUUUGGUUUUCACGAUUCUCCUUCAACGUGUUUAAGUACAAUGAAAGAUUUUCCUCUAAAAAUCUGAGACGAGAACUCAAACUUAACUUGUUUUCCAACUUUUCUUUUCAAUGGUUUUGGCAACAGUUUGGUUUGGGAACAAUUUUUUUUUUUUUUUACAAUAAAUGUCCUUUUAUUAUUUUGAUCCUGCUUGUGACAAGUAAUGUGAGUGAAUGAAUGUGCUUUUCAUGUCAUUUGAAAAUACUGUUGUGGUGAAUUUAUUUUAUUUUUCUCUGUUGGCACAAAAAGAACCAGUGUGAUUGUUGUCAGAAAUGUAAAUCCCUGCCCGUUGUGCUCAUUCAAGCUGCGGGAACAUGCUGUGAUGUGCAGCACUUAUAGAAGUGGAACCUUUUAAAAACACACUAUCACUGUCCUGCAGAACCUUUUUAAAAACGGGUGGUUUCAACAUUUAAUCUGUGCUGUUAAUUAUUUAGCGCAGACCGGAGGUCAGUGCAAUCUGUUAUUGGUAAUAGAUAAAGGAAGACAAACAGGAAACAUUUAUAUAUGAUAAACAAAGUCUGCAGAAUAUUGAUGACCUGUGUUUUUUAAGUUGUUUUUGUCAUGUUGUUUUUAGAGUUUGCCUGUGUUUAGUGAUGGUGAAAUUACAAGUUCUAACAUAAUUUUCCACUAACUUGAAAGAGUAAUAUCAUUGCUUCAGAUACUUUACUGUUCUUGAACCUACUAUUGUUCUAAUCUAUCGCUGCAGCUUCUGUGUUUUAAUCUGCAAAAAAACUAAUGAGGAUUUUAAGACGGAGCAUUGGGGCCGAUUGAAGAAAGUAAAUCUGAGAUUUCAAGAAUAAAAUAAUAUUACGAGAAUAAAGAAAAAUGCAGAACCCGUGAUGCCAGAGUUCAACUCUUUCCUGGAUCCAAAAUCUUUAAUGUCAAUGUUUCUUAAACAACCAAAGAAAUUCCUUUUGAAUAUGACGUAUAGAUUAAAGUCCAAAAAAGAGGCAAUUUCCUCAAAGACUGUUUUCUUUCUUUCUACAGAAUCAAGUCAUGAUUAUGUGGAGCUGCUGAGCUAAAAGAUAAAGAAUUGUAUUAUUUGUGAAGCCUACACUUAACCUAUUUUAUUCUCGUCAAAUUACAACUAUUUUCUUGAAAUAUUACAACUUUAUUCUCAUUUUACAGCUUAAAUAAGACCCUUUACUUACACUGGCCCCAAUGCUCAGUCCUAGAAUUAAAACCUUUACAUAAACUGUGUGAAUGUUCAGUCGAAGCAGUAUCACAUCUCGAAAGUGUUUGAAACAUUCUCGACAGCACAGGUCCAGUCUGAAGUCUGUCAUCACUUUUUAAGCAAUGAUUUCUUUCCUGUUAUCACGAGUGAGGAUGUUUGUUUGUUUUUCAAACCCGUCUGAGGUGUGACGUGAGCGUUUGAACCUCCGCGACCGGUUGUCUUGGGUUCACGUCCCAGAUCGGUGGGAAUUUCUUUUGGUUUAAAGUUUCCGCUGAAUAACAAAGCUAAUGUCAUCCAUAGUGGGAUCUAACUAAAAGGCUAUGCAGCAACACGUGUCCCCUUUAAUGAACUCAUCUCUGAACCGUCACAGUUAAUUUGACCUGUUUGUUAAUGUGUGUUUUUAAAAACAUAUGCAACCCUGUUAGUUUCCUCCGGUUGGAGUCUGGACGGAGAGUUUGUGUCCUGCUGAUUGAGUUGUUAACUCUAUUUAAGGUGGAUGUUUGCAACAGGGUGUUGACGACUGUUGUUUCAGUGCGAGCGCCGCGACGGAGAGAGGUUUAGUUUCUUUGACUGUUUCAGUCAUGACGGACCUUCGCCUUUUUCCAAACUGUCUCACAUGUUGUUUUUUACAUGUUUGUAAAAGUGGUAGUUGGUAUAUUCUGGUGUUUAUCUUAUCAUAGUGUUACUUCAGGGUAGAUACAGAAAAGUAAACACAUUGUUGUUGUCCAACCUCGUGUCACACACCAGUCACAGUGUUCCUUGUGACCUUGUGACCUUGUGACCUUUUCCUUGUGUUAUAUUGUUUCACCCCCUUAGCUAAAACCUUUUCCGGAGGUCGAACAUCCUGUUGCAUGAACACAUCCACUCUAUAAACUCUCCUCUGGAAUGCUUGACUGGCAGGACAAACCUGUUUCAACCCUUGUGUAUUUAAUUGUACAGAGAUUUUUUUGUAAAUAGUAUUAAUAUGAUAUAUUCUACACCAGCAAUCUGUCUGUUGAUGAAGUGGGUUCAGCGGUUCAGGGCCAGGUUUUUACUCGCAGUGAAAAGAAUCAAACGUCAGAGCAGACAGAACACGACGCAUCGAGACAAACCGACUUCUCUCUGCAGCUUUAUCACAUUUAUCAGUAACUUUACCAGAGCUGCGGUGAUUGGUUGUUAGAAAAUAUGUGAAGAAAUGUGUGUUAAUUUCCUCUUGGUAGAUGGUUUGAUGGGAUUUUUGUUUAGGAAUAGAUAUAUUUCUACAUGUUUUUGUGAACUGCCUAAAGUUAUGCGGACUGUCUGAUAGGAACACUUUACAUUUAUUGUCACUUUAAUAUAUUUUAAAACGCAUCGGAAAUUCUGAACUGUGAUUUGAGAAUUGAAAUAAAAGUCUUUUUAAGGAGGAAUGUUGGUUAAAUUGGACAUUUCCCUCUACAGUUUGUUGUGUUUUAUGUUUAAACGUGAGAACACCGCGGUCCUGAUGCCUGUUUUCUGUCUGCUGGAGUUCGAUGCCGGUUCUUCACCUCGGCGUCUCUGUGAUCUGGAUCUGAGUGUGAACGCUUGAGGAGCCCAGUGCUGGUUGUUGGCGUCAGUUCUGCUGCUGCUUUUAACUCUGGUUUGAAAAUAUAGAAAAAGAAGAAAGGGUUAAAAACAAAAAAAAGAGAAUUAACAAAAGGCUCCCUGCCUUGUGCAAUGUGUAUGUACUGAAGUGAAGAGAUUUCUUUUUUUUUUCUAAAAAUGAAUUAAACUAAAACUGGAUGAGA